UGUGAGAGACUGUCAAGUAAAAGCUCAGACGGCGUGUCGCUUAUUGAUCUUAUAAACUGAUCAGCAGGUAGUAAAAAACAACCGAAAAAGAGCAAAAAUAAGAAUACAAAAUACAAAAUACAAAAUACAACAAAACUAAAAAACAGUUGGUCCAUUAAGUCAAGUCAAGCCGAAACCAACAUGGAAUAUUGAAUGAACUGAUUUCGUGUAUGCACAUAAUUUAACUGCCAUUAACAUCAACCGACUCCUUCCUUUGUCCACGAUGGCCAGGAGUUUAACACAUAAACUUAACCUACACUUGAGAGUAAAUUCGGCAUUAAAGAGCACUGAACCAAAUGGAAUAUGAAUGAAGUGAAAGACUUAUUCAGUGAAAGCAACCAUUAACAAAAGCAAACCAACAUAUAAACAAACAGAUAGAGAGAGAGAGAGAUGCAGCCUGAGCUCACAACCGAUAUCAAAUGCCAGGAACUUGACCUGGAGCUGGACCUGGAGCUGGAUCAGCAUUUCAACUGCCGGCGACACAUGCCACAAACGGGCCGCCUCCACUUGGAUGCCCUGCUGCUACUGCUGCUGCUGCUGCUGGGCAGUUGCUGGCAGAGCCAAGCCUCGUAUCUGGAACCAGAUGAGCUGAUACACGAGCUGGAUCGUCCGGUGCCGCUGACAUCGGUGCAAGGUGUCCUCGGCAGGCAGGCAAUGCUGCCAUGUGAUAUAACGCCGCUGGAGCGCGACGAUGCCGUCUAUAUGGUGCUCUGGUUUCGAGACGGCGACGGCGAGCCCAUCUACAACUUCGAUGUGAGGGGCCGUCAGUUUGGGCAGGCUCGCCUUUGGUCAUCCCCGUUGGCGUUUGGCACACGGGCGCACUUUAGCAGCACCUCGCAUCCCGCCCAGCUGAAAAUCGAUAAUGUGCGCAUCGAGGAUGAGGGUGUCUAUCGGUGUCGCGUGGACUUCCGCAACUCACCCACCCGCAAUCUAAAGAUAAAUCUAACCGUUAUUGUGCCGCCGGACAGACCGAUUAUCUAUGAGCCCAAUAGGCAUGACAAGACCAGCAAUGUAGAGUCCUUUAACGAGGGCAACGAUAUUGUGCUCGCCUGCGAGGUAUCCGGAGGUCGACCACGCCCCAAUGUUACCUGGUACUUGGACAAUGCGGUCAUCGAUGAGUCAUUCGAUCAGCGGGCCGAUGGCAAAACCAUCAACCAUUUAUCCUAUCCCAACAUAGGCAGACAGCAUCUCAAUGCCAGACUGGUCUGCGUGGCCAGCAAUACGAAUCUGACGCCGCCCAACAACAAGGUCGUCAUACUGGAUGUGAACUUGAAACCCGUUGCUGUGCACAUCCUGACCAAGGAUCGGUUUGUGUCCGCGGAUCGCACCUAUGACAUUGAGUGCAAAAGUUCGGGCUCGAAGCCACCGGCUUUAAUCACCUGGUGGAAGGCCAACAAGCAGCUAAAAAAACUGACAAAGAAUUUUAAUGAGCCAGACAAUCAAUCCCUAAGCAUACUGACGUUUGCACCCACCCGGGAGGACGAUGGCAAAUAUUUAACAUGUCGAGCAGAAAAUCAAUUCAUCGAUGGCAGCUCCAUCGAGGACAAAUGGCGUCUCAUUGUGCACUACCAGCCAACGACGGUGCUGAAGAUGGGCUCCUCGCUCAAUCCGGAUGACAUUAAGGAAGGUGACGAUGCCUAUUUUGAGUGUCUUGUGCAAUCGAAUCCCAAACCAUACAAGAUGUCCUGGUUUCACAAUGGCAAGGAGCUGCAGCACAACAUCUCCGUGGGCAUCAUCCUGUCGGAUCAGUCGUUGGUCCUGCAGACCGUCUCGCGUGCCUCCGCCGGCGACUAUACCUGCCUGGCUGUCAAUUCGGAGGGUAAAGGCCUCAGUAAUCCGGUCACAUUGCGCAUACGCUACGCACCCAUCUGCGCCAUCGACCACGAGGAGCUGUUGGGCGCCCUCAAACACGAAACGUUGCCACUGAAGUGCGAAGUGGAUGCCUCACCGCCAGCCGACUCCUUCCACUGGACCUUCAACUCAUCCGGGGAGCAAACGGAGUUGCCCGCCCGCCUCCACUCGAGCGAGACGGGUAUGUCGCGACUGAAUUAUACGCCCAGCUCGGAUCUGGACUAUGGCACGAUAUCCUGCUGGGGCAAGAACUCGAUUGGACUGCAGAAGAGUCCGUGUAUCUUUCAAAUUGUGGCUGCGGGACGACCUUUUCCACUGCAAAACUGUACGGUGACCAACCAAUCUGUGGACUCUCUGCAAGUGGAUUGCAUUGAGGGAUUCGAUGGUGGCUUGCCACAGAACUUUAUGCUUGAAUUGGUCGAGCUGAAUUCAUUGCGUUUGGCCAGAAACAUAACAGUAUCUCACACACCUGUCACAUUUGUGAUUGAGAAUCUGGAUCAGACGGCCACGUAUCGCAUGAUUAUAUUCGCCGUCAAUGUCAAAGGUCGCUCGGAGCCCACAAUUAUCGAUGACAUUAACUUUAAGGGCGUGGCGAAGCUGACAGGCAGUUCCACUGGGCUGAUAGUGCCAUUAUCGCCAUUCCUAGCUGUUCUGACGCUUGUGUGCGGCUUAUUAUUUGCCUUCUCCUGCAUCAUACUGGCCGCCAUCUAUCGCCGAUUCUCCAAUCGCCGCAACGAUAACAAUCUGAAAGCUGUGAAGCACACCCAAUUAGCCAUACCAGCCGACUGUCAGCUGGAUCCGUUGCAUCCCAACUCAACGCACACAUCGAAUGGCCAAGGGCAGUGCCCUGGACAGGGCCAGGGGCACGGGCAGGGUCAUCAUGAGCUGGCCAACAACCAUCAGUCCCACCACAGCCUCCUUCCAAUUAAUUGUGAUAAUCGAAAUGCGGUCGAAUGCGCCGCCAACUUGAGCGAGGUGAGCAUCGAUGGCGGUACGAGAACAUCGCCAAGUGGUGGUCAUCAUCAUCAUCAUGGUCUGCCCAGCGAUACACUGCGCUCCACAACACGCACUCGUCCUAAUCCACAUCUACUAAGCGAUCCAGCGGACAUAGAUGACACCGAUCCCGAUGUUAUACCCAAUCAGUAUGAAAAACGGCCACUUAAGGCACUUGGUGCUUCGCCCGGCUUUGCCAGUCCCUCGACGAGGCUGAUGCAGCGGGAUUAUUGCAGUGGACGAGACGCUGAGCUGCUGAAGAGCAAUGCGGACAGUGUGGCAGCCAUGGCCGGACUGGGUGGCACGGAUGCCAGCACCAUUGGCCUGUUGAGCAAUUCGGGCAACGAAGUGCUGCAUUAUACCUUCCGGCCAAGCAAGCAAAUCAGCUAUGCAACUCUAAAUAAGAAGGGCAUAACGACUUGUAGCCCGCCGCUGGGUUCGCUGGGUUCGGCAUAUAAUGUAAGUACAUCGACGCCCUCAUCAUCAUAUCAUCUAACACCGCAGCCGAUGGAGGUCAGUUUACUCAGUCCGAAUAAUGCAUCGGUGACCUCGUCGCUGAGUGAAUACCGAUUUCGGCCGGAGGUUGUUACCACUUCGAAUCGCAUACAGGAAAGUUGUAUAUAAGCUUCGUACAUAUAUGCAUUAAUGCCACAUAUCUGCAUAUAUAAUAAUUAUUUAUA